AGGAUCAAAAUCACCUGGAGAAAACCCGUGACGCGAGCGUGGACAAGCCCCCUCCACCUCGGGUCAUUGUGUUUGGUGUUGUUAGCCAGAGGGGAAGAGAUCUAGACGCUGAGCCAGGUUUUCUUGCCCGAGACCCUUUGCUGGUGAGCAAAGUUGGCAGCCAAGGGCAGAGCCUCCCCCUGCCCCGUUUUGCCUCCCGGCGCGGGGAGCGGCUGCACCGCCUGCAGCUGGAGCCGCGGCUCGGUCCAAACUGCUAACGGGAGCCUGAGCCCAGCGGCUAAUUGCGGCCACGUGGACUGUCUCCCUAAAGAAAGGUGAGGCCGUCCUUCAGGGCACUUAGCCGAAACGUGGCAGCCUGGACUCCGCUGGCUGGCUCAUCUGCAUUCAGCAGCCUUGCCACUAUAGUUGUGCGUCACCGCGAGACUGCAUGGUAAUGAAGCCAAGGCGCUGUGGGCCAAAACUCCGCUGCCGGGAAGGGACAGCGGCUGGGAGAGCGCGAGGUCCGCACGCCCGCCGCCGCCGCCCCUGCAGCCGCCCGGGACACAAUGUUGAGCCUACAGGAUUCCGUGUUUUUCGAAAUUAGCAUCAAGUCCUUGUUAAAGUCCUGGAGCAGCAGCUCUUCAGCACCGGUCAGCACAGUGACUAAGAACUGCUCCUCUUCUAACUUUCAUUCCUCUUUGGGAAAAAAGAGUAUCAUCAUGUCAAGCAUUACGAUUGACCCAGAUGUCAAACCUGGUGAAUAUGUCAUCAAGAGCCUCUUUGCAGAAUUUGCUGUUCAAGCUGAAAAGAAAAUUGAAGUUGUAAUGGCUGAACCCUUGGAGAAGCCGUUGUCUAGAUCUCUUCAGAGAGGUGAAGAUCUUCAGUUUGAUCAGUUGAUAAGCUCUAUGAGCUCAGUAGCAGAGCACUGCCUCCCCUCCCUCCUCCGCACCUUGUUUGACUGGUACCGACGCCAGAAUGGAGCUGAAGAUGAAUCCUACGAGUACAGGCCUCGAUCUAGCACAAAGUCUAAGGGGGAUGAACAGCAACGUGAAAGAGAUUAUCUUCUUGAAAGAAGAGACUUAGCGGUAGAUUUCAUUUUUUGUUUAGUUUUAGUUGAAGUUCUAAAGCAGAUUCCUGUUCAUCCUGUGCCUGAUCCCUUAAUCCAUGAAGUUCUAAACUUAGCUUUUAAGCACUUUAAACAUAAGGAAGGAUAUUCAGGAACCAACACUGGGAAUGUGCAUAUUAUUGCAGAUUUAUAUGCAGAGGUGAUAGGGGUUCUUGCCCAGUCAAAAUUUCAGGCUGUGAGAAAGAAGUUUGUGACAGAACUAAAAGAACUGCGACAAAAGGAACCGAGUCCACAUGUGGUGCAAAGUGUCAUCAGCUUAAUAAUGGGGAUGAAGUUUUUCCGAGUGAAAAUGUACCCUGUAGAAGAUUUUGAAGCAUCAUUUCAGUUCAUGCAGGAAUGUGCUCAAUAUUUCUUAGAAGUAAAAGACAAGGAUAUAAAACAUGCGCUGGCUGGUCUAUUUGUGGAAAUCCUCAUUCCUGUAGCUGCUGCUGUUAAAAAUGAAGUGAAUGUUCCCUGUUUGAAGAAUUUUGUGGAGAUGCUUUAUCAGACUACUUUUGAACUGAGCUCCAGAAAGAAGCACUCAUUGGCUCUGUACCCCCUAAUUACCUGCCUUUUAUGUGUCAGUCAGAAACAAUUUUUUUUAAAUAACUGGCAUAUUUUCCUACAAAACUGUUUAUCCCAUCUGAAGAAUAAAGAUCCUAAAAUGUCCCGAGUUGCACUGGAAUCUUUGUAUAGAUUAUUGUGGGUUUAUGUAAUCAGAAUAAAAUGUGAAAGCAACACUGUAACUCAGAGUCGUCUUAAUAGCAUAGUGUCAGCACUUUUUCCCAAAGGUUCGCGGAGUGUGGUUCCUCGUGACACACCUCUCAAUAUAUUUGUGAAAAUUAUUCAGUUCAUUGCUCAGGAACGUUUGGAUUUUGCAAUGAAAGAAAUAAUAUUUGAUCUUCUCAGUGUUGGAAAAUCCACUAAAACUUUCACCAUUAAUCCAGAGAGAAUGAACAUUGGCCUCAGAGUUUUCCUCGUCAUCGCGGACAGUUUGCAGCAGAAGGAUGGGGAGCCGCCAAUGCCGACAACCGGGGUCAUUCUUCCCUCAGGAAACACGCUGCGUGUGAAGAAGAUCUUUCUCAAUAAGACCUUGACAGAUGAAGAAGCCAAAGUCAUAGGAAUGUCUGUUUACUACCCCCAAGUGAGGAAAGCAUUAGAUAGUAUCCUCAGACAUUUGGACAAAGAAGUCGGGAGGCCAAUGUGUAUGACAAGUGUACAGAUGUCCAACAAGGAGCCUGAAGACAUGAUCACGGGAGAAAGAAAACCCAAAAUUGAUUUGUUUCGAACCUGUAUUGCUGCUAUUCCAAGACUGAUUCCUGACGGCAUGAGCAGGACCGACCUCAUUGAGCUGUUAGCAAGACUCACAGUUCACAUGGACGAAGAACUGCGCGCUCUGGCUUUCAAUACUCUGCAGGCACUAAUGCUGGAUUUUCCAGAUUGGCGGGAAGAUGUUCUUUCAGGAUUUGUCUAUUUCAUUGUUCGUGAAGUCACUGAUAUCCAUCCCACGCUUCUUGAUAAUGCUGUAAAGAUGUUGGUACAAUUAAUAAAUCAGUGGAAACAAGCAAUCCAGAUGCAUAACAAAAAUCAGGAUUCACAGCAUGGAGUAGUUAACGGAACCUCUCAUCCCCCUCUUCUGGAGAGGAGCCCCUAUUCCAGUGUGUUUCAUGUGGUCGAAGGCUUUGCUCUUGUCAUUCUCUGUAGCAGUCGACCAGCCACCAGGAGAUUAGCCGUCAGUGUCCUUAGAGAAAUACGGGCUUUAUUUGCACUUUUGGAAAUACCUAAGGGUGAUGAUGAAUUAGCCAUAGAUGUGAUGGACAGGCUGAGCCCAUCCAUUCUGGAGAGCUUCAUACAUCUCACUGGGGCUGAUCAGACCACUCUGCUGUAUUGCCCUAGCUCCAUAGACUUACAGACGCUAGCAGAAUGGAACUCCUCCCCUAUUAGCCACCAGUUUGAUGUGAUCAGUCCAUCACACAUAUGGAUAUUUGCACAUGUGACCCAAGGCCAAGACCCAUGGAUUAUUAGUCUCUCUAGUUUUUUAAAGCAAGAAAACCUUCCCAAACACUGCUCUACAGCUGUGAGCUAUGCAUGGACGUUUGCAUACACCAGACUUCAGUCAUUGUCCCCCCAAGUUGAUAUAAAUAGCCCCAUCAACGCGAAGAAAGUGAGCACGGCCGCGAGCAGCGACUCGUACGUGGGGCUGUGGAGGAACUACCUGCUGCUGUGCUGCAGCGCGGCCAGCGCGGCCGCCACCUCGUCCACAGGCUCCGUGCGCUGCUCUCCCCCCGAGACGCUGGCGUCCACCCCCGACAGCGGCUACUGCAUCGAUCCCAAGAUUAUUGCCGUCCCAUCCCCCUCGUCCCUGUUUAAGCACAUAGUUCCAAUGAUGCGCUCUGAGAGUAUGGAAAUCACGGAAUCCCUUGUUCUAGGUCUUGGCAGGACCAACCCAGGAGCGUUUAGGGAACUUAUAGAGGAAUUGCACCCCAUAAUUAAAGAAGCACUCGAAAGAAGGCCAGAGAACAUGAAACGGCGCAGGCGUCGAGAUAUUUUACGAGUACAGCUGGUACGAAUAUUUGAACUGCUGGCAGAUGCUGGUGUCAUUAGCCACAGUGCAAGUGGUGGCCUUGAUAAUGAAACACAUUUCCUCAACAACACUUUGUUGGAGUAUGUAGAUUUAACUAGACAGCUCCUGGAAGCAGAAAAUGAAAAAGACUCGGACACCCUGAAGGAUAUACGAUGCCAUUUCAGUGCCUUAGUGGCGAAUAUCAUUCAGAAUGUUCCAGUGCAUCAAAGAAGAAGUAUUUUUCCUCAACAGAGCCUUCGUCACAGUCUGUUUAUGCUGUUCAGUCACUGGGCUGGUCCUUUCAGCAUCAUGUUUACUCCCUUGGACAGAUACAGUGAUAGAAAUAUGCAAAUCAACAGACACCAGUACUGUGCACUGAAGGCUAUGUCUGCUGUACUGUGUUGUGGCCCUGUUGCAGAUAAUGUAGGACUUUCAUCAGAUGGCUAUUUGUACAAAUGGUUGGAUAACAUUUUGGACUCUCUGGACAAAAAGGUUCAUCAGCUGGGCUGUGAGGCAGUCACGUUACUGCUGGAGCUGAACCCGGAUCAGAGCAACCUGAUGUACUGGGCUGUGGAUCGCUGUUACACGGGCUCCAGGAGGGUGGCCGCCGGCUGCUUUCGCGCCAUUGCCAACGUCUUCCAGAACAGGGAUUAUCAGUGUGACACGGUGAUGCUCCUGAACCUGAUCCUGUUUAAAGCAGCUGAUGCCUCUCGGAGUAUCUAUGAAGUUGCCAUGCAACUUUUACAGAUCCUGGAACCGAAGAUGUUUCGCUAUGCUCACAAAUUGGAGGUUCCGAGAACAGAUGGAGUCCUCAGCCAGCUGUCUCCUCUGCCACAUCUGUAUUCUGUCUCGUACUACCAGCUGUCUGAGGAGCUGGCUCGGGCUUACCCCGAGCUCACUCUCGCCAUGUUCUCAGAAAUAAGCCAGAGAAUCCCGACGGCGCACCCCGCUGGCAGGCAAGUCAUGCUGCACUAUCUGCUGCCCUGGAUGAACAACAUCGAGCUGGUCGACCUAAAGCCCCUGCCCACUGCCCGGCGACACGACGAAGACGAAGACGAGUCCUUCCACGACCGGGAGCAGAUGGUGACGAGCAGGCGGUGGCUGCGUGGAGAAGGCUGGGGGUCCCCACAAGCCACGGCAAUGGUUCUGAACAACCUGAUGUACAUGACAGCGAAGUACGGUGAUGAGCUGGCCUGGUCGGAGGUGGAAAAUGUGUGGACCACACUUGCAGAUGGCUGGCCCAAGAACCUGAAAAUAAUUUUGCACUUUUUGAUCGGCAUUUGUGGCGUGAACAGUGAACCAAGCCUUUUGCCUUACGUGAAGAAAGUGAUUGUCUAUUUGGGUAGAGACAAAACCAUGCAGCUGCUCGAAGAGCUGGUGGGUGAGCUCCAGCUGACAGAGCCCGUGAGCUCCGGCGUCACCCACAUGGACAACCCCCCGUAUUACCGCAUCACUUCCAGCUAUAAAGUACCCUCCGUCACCUCAGGAACUACUUCCAGUAGCAAUACAAUGGUAGCACCCACUGACAGCGACCCUGAUAAUAAGCCAUUGAAAGAGAAUAUUGAAGAGGGCUACGUGCACCUCGACAUCUACGGUGGACUCAACAGCCAUUUAAAUCGCCAGCACCACAGGCUGGAAUCCCGAUACAGCAGCAGCUCUGGAGGAUCUUACGAAGAGGAGAAAAGUGAUUCAAUGCCACUUUAUUCUAAUUGGCGGCUGAAAGUGAUGGAGCAUAAUCAAGGAGCACCACUGCCCUUCCCGCCAGCCGGAGGCUGCUGGUCACCGCUGGUGGAUUACUUGCCUGAAACAUCGUCACCUGGAUUGCCUCUUCACAGGUGUAACAUAGCCGUGAUCCUUUUGACCGACCUGAUCAUUGAUCACAGGGUGAAGGUGGACUGGGGGAGCUACCUCCAUCUCCUUCUUCAUGCCAUUUUUAUAGGGUUCGACCACUGCCACCCUGAGGUGUAUGAGCACUGCAAGCGGCUGCUCCUGCACCUCCUCAUAGUGAUGGGACCCAGCAGCAACAUCCGCACCGUUGCCUCUGUCCUUCUCAGGAACAAGGAGUUCAGUGAGCCCAGGGCGCUCACGGUCAAGCAGGCGGCGCACUCUGAUUACACCUUCACAGCAGGUGUGAAUGAUUUUAUACCCGAUUACCAGCCCUCCCCCAUGACUGACUCAGGGCUUAGCUCCAGUUCUACCUCUUCUAGUAUCAGCUUAGGAAACAACAGCACCGCCGUCUCACACCUGCACCCCACGAUCCUCAAUGAGGUCGACCUCUCAGUCGAGCAGGACGGAAAAGUCAAAACCCUCAUGGAAUUCAUUACCUCAAGAAAAAGAGGGCCUCUCUGGAACCAUGAGGAUGUUUCUGCCAAGAAUCCCAGCAUCAAGAGUGCUGAGCAGCUGACUACGUUUUUGAAGCACGUGAUCUCUGUUUUCAAGCAGUCGAGUUCAGAAGGGGUCCAUCUGGAGCACCACCUCAGCGAGGUGGCACUGCACACGGCGCUCUCCUGCACGUCCCGGCACUACGCGGGGAGAUCCUUCCAGAUCUUCAGGGCCCUGAGGCAGCCCCUCUCUGCAGCCACGCUGUCUGACGUUCUCUCCCGGCUCGUGGAAACGGUCGGCGACCCAGGAGAAGACGCACAGGGAUUUGUGAUUGAGCUGCUUCUCACAUUGGAGUCUGCAAUUGAUACCUUGGCUGAAACCAUGAAGCAUUAUGAUCUUCUUUCUGCCCUUUCUCAAACCUCAUACCAUGAUCCUGUAAUGGGAAACAAGUAUGCAGCUAACAGGAAAAGCACUGGACAACUCAACCUAAGCACAAGUCCCAUCUACAGUAGCAGUUAUUUGGGAUAUACCAGUAACGUGAGAAGUAACUCUUUGAGGUUAAGUUUAAUUGGUGACCGGAGAGGUGACCGGCGGCGCAGUAACACACUGGAUAUAAUGGACGGACGGAUAAACCAUAGCGGUAGUUUAGCCAGGACUCGAAGCCUUUCCUCCCUGCGAGAGAAAGGGAUGUACGACGUGCAGCCCCCUACUGAGCCUGCCAGCCUGAUGGCCACCAUCUUCUGGAUAGCAGCGUCCCUGCUCGAGUCCGACUACGAGUACGAAUACCUCCUGGCGCUCAGGCUGCUCAACAAACUGCUGAUCCACUUGCCUCUGGAUAAGUCCGAGAGCCGAGAGAAGAUUGAAACCGUGCAGAGCAAGUUGAAGUGGACUAACUUCCCUGGCCUUCAGCAGCUCUUCCUGAAGGGCUUUACCUCAGUCUCGACCCAAGAGAUGACCGUGCACCUCCUCAGCAAGCUCACCGCCGUCUCCAAGCACACGCUGGUGGACCCCGCGCAGCUGGCAGGCUUUCCUCUUAACAUCCUUUGCUUAUUGCCUCACUUAAUCCAGCAUUUUGACAGCCCAACUCAGUUUUGCAAAGAAACAGCUAGUCGAAUAGCAAAGGUUUGUGCAGAAGAAAAAUGCCCGACCCUUGUCAACCUGGCUCACAUGAUGAGUCUGUACAGCACACACACGUACUCCAGAGACUGUGCCAACUGGAUCAACGUGGUCUGCAGAUACCUGCACGACUCCUUCUCAGACACCACGUUCAGCCUCGUGACUUACCUUGCAGAGCUCCUGGAGAAAGGCCUGUCGAGCAUGCAGCAGUCCCUCCUGCAGAUCAUGCACAGCCUCCUGAGUCACGUUGACCUCUCUGCUGCUCCUGUCAAGCAGUUUAAUCUGGAGAUCAUAAAGAUCAUCAGCAAAUAUGUGCAGAGUCCCUACUGGAAGGAGGCCCUCAACAUCCUGAAGCUGGUGGUGUCCCGCUCUGCAAGCCUUGUGGUGCCCAGCGACAUCCCCAAGACAUAUGCAGCAGACCUGGGCUCACCCGAAAUAUCCUUCACCAAGAUUUUUAAUAAUGUCUCUAAGGAGUUGCCUGGGAAGACCUUAGAUUUCCACUUUGAUAUAUCUGAGACACCAAUCAUUGGGAAUAAGUAUGGUGAUCAGCAUAGCGCAGCUGGAAGGAACGGGAAACCGAAAGUUAUCGCCGUUACUAGAAGCACUUCUUCGACAUCUUCCGGUUCCAACUCAAAUGCCUUGGUGCCUGUUAGCUGGAAAAGGCCACAGCUGUCACAGAGAAGAACAAGAGAAAAGCUAAUGAAUGUGCUCUCUCUCUGUGGUCCAGAAUCUGGUCUUCCAAAAAAUCCAUCAGUGGUAUUUUCUUCUAAUGAAGAUUUGGAAGUUGGAGACCAGCAGACAAGCCUGAUAUCUGCCACAGAGGACAUCAUUCAGGAGGAGGAAGUCACUGUAGAAGACAAUAGCAGUGAACAGCAGUUUGGCGUAUUUAAGGAUUUUGACUUCUUAGAUGUGGAGCUGGAAGAUGCUGAGGGUGAAAGCAUGGACAACUUCAACUGGGGAGUGCGCCGGCGCUCGCUGGACAGCAUGGACAAGGGGGACACGCCGUCCCUGCAGGAGUACCAGUGCUCCAGCAGCACGCCCAGCCUGAACCUCACCAACCAGGAGGACACGGACGAGUCCUCUGAGGAGGAAGCCGCGCUCACCGCCAGCCAGAUCCUGUCACGCACGCAGAUGCUAAACAACGGCGCUGCUGUAGAGGACGCCAUGCCCGACCGCCCCGACUUGCUUCUCCGGUCUCAGGACUCCACCGGCAGUGCCUCCGCCGAGGAAAGCCUCCAGAUCAGAGACGAGGCCCCCAGUUUGGAGGCUCCUCUAGACAAUGCUAACACCCAGCUGCCUGAGGACGCAGGUUCAGUCUUAAAGGAUGACCAGCUUCUUGCCACCUUUGAGGAGGAUGUGUCAUAUCUCAUUCAAGAGCAGGAUUCUCUAGUGUGUCGGGGGAUGCUUGAUUUAGAGGAAACGGAAAUGCCAGAGCCUCUCGCUCCUGGAAGCUACCCUGAGUCCAUCUGCGAAGAGGAUGUCACGUUAGCUUUGAAGGAACUUGAUGAAAGGUGUGAAGAAGAAGAAGCGGAUUUCUCCGGACUGUCCAGUCAGGAUGAAGACGAGCAAGACGGUUUCCCAGAAGUGCAGACCUCCCCGCUGCCCUCGCCCUUCCUUUCUGCCAUCAUAGCGGCCUUUCAGCCAGUGGCCUACGAGGAUGAAGAGGAAGCCUGGCGCUGCCACGUCAGCCAGAUGCUCUCGGACACCGACGGCUCCUGCGCCAUGUUUACUUUCCAGGUGUUCUCCAGGCUGUUCCAGAAAAUCCAGAGGCGGUUUGGAGACAUCACUCACACAGCCGUCCGCUUUCUUGGUGAAAGUCUGCAGCGCAUUGGCACCAAGUUUACAAGUUCCCUGGAAGUAAUGAUGGCGUGUUCAGAGUGCCCCACCGUCUUUGUGGACGCCGAGACACUGAUGUCGUGUGGCUUGCUGGAAACGCUCAAGUUCAGUGUUUUGGAGUUGCAAGAGCACCUGGAUACGUAUAACACCAAGAGAGAAGCCGCCGAGCAGUGGUUAGACAACUGUAAGAGGACAUUUGGCGCCAAAGAAGACAUGUAUAGGAUAAACACAGACGCACAACAAAUGGAAAUUCUAGCAGAACUAGAGCUCUGCCGGAGGCUAUACAAAUUGCAUUUUCAGUUGCUACUUCUAUUCCAAGCCUACUGUAAGCUUAUCAACCAAGUAAACACAAUAAAAAAUGAAGCAGAGGUCACCAACAUGUCAGAGGAACUUGCCCAGCUAGAAAGGAUCCUCAAAGAAGCUGAAUCUGCUUCAGACAAUGAAAAGAUUGAUGUUCCCAAAGCUGCACAGUAUACCAUAGAGACUGCCAUUCAUUCACUCAUUGAAACUUUGAAAACUAAGGAGUUUAUAUCCGCUGUAACUCAAGUCAAAGCUUUCAGGUCCCUCUGGCCCAAUGACAUCUUUGGCGGUUGUGAAGAUGACCUCGUGCAGACUCUGUUGCACAUCUAUUUCCACCACCAGACGCUGGGCCAGACAGGAAGCUUCGCGGUGAUCGGCUCCGACCUGGACAUGUCAGAAGCCAACUAUAAGCUGAUGGAGCUCAACCUAGAGAUCAGAGAGAGCCUGCGUGUGGUGCAGCCGUACCAGCGCCUAGCGCAGGCCAAGCCCAUUGGGAAUUUGGUGAGCACCGGAUUCUGAGGCGAUGGGACCGAAGAGGACAAAUACUAACAAGCACCUUCUAGGCACCCUUGCAAGUCACCCGGGAACCCUUUGUGGCGGCACCCACAACCCUCCUGUAACCGAUGCCUAACCUGAUCAAGAGAAAGGAAGGCUGGCAAGAGCAAAGGUCGGAAGGGGGAAAUGGAAUCACUCAGCAGCUGCCAACACCUCCCAUGACAGCUACACAGAAGAGGAGUGGGGUUACUGUUUUUCUUCUCUUUAAUUAACCGAUGUGAAAAGACAAGGGCUACAAGCGACACAAAUAAAAACAUUACUUUCUGGAGAAAGCGAAGAAUUCUAAGACUGUUUGCAAUAAUGGCCUCUAAUACUGAGACAAUGGAAAGCAGGUGAGAUGAGGCUGAAAUUGAGGCUGGUUCAUUUUAGCUGAAGACCUGCCCAGCUACUUGGAUUUCUAGCAGACAUAAGUAGCUGAUGCUUAAUCAUCUAUAUGAAGAACCUCCGUCGGAUAGAUACAUAGAAAGACUGAUAUGCAAAAAAAAAAAAAGCAAAACAUUGAUUUUUUUUUUUUCCCCCUGAUUUGUGGGAUAAGGUAUGGGUGGGUGUUUUUGUUUUUAGUCUGAUGGUUUUUUAUUUGUAUUUUUUGGUCUGUAUAAGGAAUUAUGUGUGUGUGAGCUGAGAUGUGUGAAUAUGUGAUAGUCCUAUUUUUCAAGGUAUGGAUGUUCAGUGAUGUCUCAGCAUGCCUCUAAGAGCACUGCAAGAUUAUUUUUGAAGAAAUUUUAUUUUAUUAGCGCUAACUCUUCAUAGUGUGUAAAUGUUAGAACAUUUUAAUAAUAUUUUGAAGCUGGGCUCUCCCAGUGUUUCGCAAAGAAAUAAUAUAUCUGUUAACGUAUUGGGCCGCUGCUCAGUUCUCUGAUCAGUGCUUAAGACACGAUUGUUGAUAACUAACCAAAGUAGAUGCCUGCAGAGACUUUAAAAUGUAAAAUAAAGACAUAUGCUGUCCGUCAGCUAUUCUCAUUAGAAAAGUUAACUUAUUUUACUCCAUAAUUAUAGAAACUGUAUAGAUUAAAAGCAGUAUUUUCCUGUACAUUUGUGCACGGCACUGUUAUACAAGAAUGGGUGUACAAAGCUAAAGCAAAACUUGUGGUCGUUGAUGAUGAUCGACUGUAUGACUUGCAGGCCCCGGAAGUCUGCAGAAUUCCAGAAGAGAGAUGCAAAUGCAUUUUUUAUAUGUUUGUUCAGGACUCACACGUUUCACCCUAAAAGGAGCCUGGGGCUCGGGGAGGGGGGGUGGGGAAGAAUGCAAGGAAGCCUGAAGACCGCCUACCAAAACAUGCAAUACACGGACUCACUGUCCAAGUCUGGAACAUAUCACGAACUGGAGUCUCCGUCCUUUUUUAACUAGCAUUUUAUAUAAGAAAUGAAUGUAGUCCCACAAUUCCUCUGAUUUGAAAGGAACACCUUGUAUUUUUUAUACGCAUCUCUGAUCCACUGUGACUUUCCUUGGAAGCGGGGCUCUGGGGUGCCAGAGCUGAGAGCGUAGACAUGAAACGCAGAGCGCGGGCCUCUCCCUGGGCACAUGGACGCUGCCAGAAGCACAGUGACAAGCGCUUGUCGGAGACACCCCCCCCCCCCCGCACCCACCGCUGAGCUGCUGGCAAGAGCGAGGUUCCUUGUCAAGUUCUGUAACUGGUCACAGCACAUUCAUAAUCACUGUAUUUUUUUGACCCUGAUAAAAUUAUUUUGAUGGUGUUCUGGUACUGUAAAUGGGAGUCCUUUAAAUUAUUUAAUAACCUUUAGGUAUGGGACAGGGAGAGAGAAGGGACGGUGGCCGAAGUCGCACCCCACCUUACAGCCUACCUUACCGUCCCCUAUUUUUCUCACCCUCCUUAUAUCCUUUUUGUUAAAAUAAAAAAGCAUUGUAGCUGU